AUGAGUGGCGCGGUGACAGCUGGCAAGCUCCUGAGGAUCGAGCCCCCCGCGGACCGUGACAGCGAGGGCAGCGCCACCGACACCACGCACGUGGCGACGCCCCCUCCCAUGGUCGCGCAGCAGCGGGGCGCGACCCCGGAGAGGGGCAAGCCGGCUGCGUCGUCCGCGCGGGGAGAUUCCAUGCACCAGGAGGACGUCUCUCCCGGGAACGGGACGGCCGUGCAUUUCCCGGAGACGCCCCCGAAGGACGCCGGUCUGCAGGGCCGCGCGGCGGACGGUUCCCCGCCGCCAGCCUUCUCCAUGAAGGACGACGGGCACGUGAAGGUGGUGGUGCGUGCGCGGCCGCUCCUGGACUAUGAGAUCCACGCUCAGAGCCCCAUGGUGGCUGCGAGCAGCGGCAAAGGCGACAUCAUCAUCCAGGCAGGAAAUCAACACAGCGCGCGGAAGUUCGCGUACGAUCGGGCCUACGGCAUCAACUCCACACAGCGCGCGAUCUACGAGGAGUGCGUCAUGGGGAUGGUCCGCGCUGCGUGCGAGGGAUACAAUGCGACGGUCCUCGCGUACGGGCAGUCGGGCUCGGGCAAGACGUUCACCAUGGGCACGGGCCACGAGCGCUCCAAGCUCACCGAGGACAACAUGGGCAUUCUCCCGCGCGCGGCCCGCGACCUGUAUCAAAUCAAGGAGGAGGUCAAGGAGCAGUCGCAGGGCCGCGAGGAGCUGCACUUCACGUGCUCCUUCGUGGAGAUCUACAACGACGACCUGCGCGACCUCCUGUCGCGCGACCCGACCUUUGACCGCGGCGGGCGCGAGCUGCAGAUCCGCGAGGAGCACGGGAGCGUGUUCGUGCAGGGGUGCCGCGAGCUCGAGACGAGCGCGAUGGACGACAUGAUGCGCGUGUUCGAGAUGGGCCUCGAGAACCGUUCGACGGGCACCACGGCCCUGAACGAGCACUCGUCGCGCUCGCACGCGGUGUUCACGGUGGGCAUCCGCAAGCUCGACCACGCGAUCGGCGUGGCGGUCGACAGCAAGUUCCACCUCGUCGACCUCGCCGGGAGCGAGCGGCUGAAGAAGACGCAGGCGCGCGGGCAGCGCAUGAAGGAGGGUAUGAAUAUCAACCUGGGGCUGCUGUCGCUGGGCAACGUGAUCAGCGCGCUCUCGGAGGUCAAGAAACCCGGGGAGCGGCAGCGGCACGUGCCGUACCGCGACCACAAGCUCACGCGCAUCCUCCAGGAUUCGCUGGGCGGGAACUCGAAGACCCUCUUCAUUGCGUGCAUCUCGAGCGCGGAAAUCAACCUGGACGAGACGCUCAACACGCUCAAGUACGCCGAGCGCGCCGCGCGCGUGCAGAACCGCCCGCGCCGCAACCUGGCCGAGAUGAUGGGCGACGAGGCCUUUUUGGUGCAAGUGAAGACCCUCGAGGCCUUCUUGGCCGACAAGGAAAUGAGGGUCGGCGCCAUCCCGGACCUGGACGCGUUCGGGCCAGAGGUGCUCUGGGCGAUGCUCGUGCGCCUCAAGAACACCUCGCAAGGGAAGCUCCCCGGCAGCGGCGAGAGCGAACAGAAGCUCCUCGCGGAGGUCGCGCGGCUGCGGCGCGAGGUCUCGCACCUGCGGCUCGAGCUCCUGACGCAGCGCGAGGAGCUGGGCGUGCGCCUGGCGGCGUACGAGGCGCUGUUGAAGAUCCGCGAGGACAUUAUGAAUUGCAUGUUGACGGACGUGCGGGCGAUGGUGGCCGCGAAGCAGGUCCCGCAGAGCUGCCUGACGCGCAUGGAGAUGCGGGCGCGGGAGGGGGCGACGAGCGUGGAGAAGUGGUUGGAGGACUUCAUGGCGUUUGCCGCGCAGGAGAAGGCAGCGACGGGGGUGGCGCCGCAGAGCGUGCAUUUGGGCGGGAAGGCGGUGGAGCGGGCGAUGUCGCUGAGCGCGCAGCUGCGGCGGGCGCCGCUGAUCACGCGGGUGGGCAACCCGUCGCCGUCGAUGCGGCGGGGGCUGCGGGGCGCGCUCAGCGCCGACCUGACGCACUCGAUCGACUGGACGCUGCUGUCGCACUCGAUGGCCGGCACGCCCGGGGGGCUGCACAAGCACGGGUGGCGGAUAUCGCUCCCGAAGGACGACGGCGGCGAGGAGCCGCGCGCGAGCAGCAACGCUGCGACGCCAGCCGUGGAGCGCAUGCUCAUGCGGCAGCGCACGACCGGGUCCACGAUGUUGCGGAGCCGAGCGGCUACUGCGCACGGCGACGGGAGCGGCGGCGAGAGCGACCACGAGGCCUCCGGGGCGAUGGCGUCCAUCCAGGAGCCACCGGUGUCGAAGUUCACCAUUCGCGGACACGGGAUCUCGCUGUAUUCGGAGGACGAGGACAACGACGCCGGCGAGCCGUCGGUCGGCGACGGGCCCGCGCAGUCGCACGGCGACGGCGCCGUGUCCGACGCCCGGUCCGCCAUCGUUCACUCCUCCCGGGGGGUGUCGGACGGCGUGCUGGAGGAGUCCGACGGGGGCAGCGCGCCGGAGGAGGACGAGCUCUCGGCGUUCCGCGGCCGCGCGUCGCCCUCAAAGCUCGAGAUGGUCGUCGGCGCGGGCCGCAUCCGCCGCACCUCGAACAACGUCGUGUCGGUGGGCACGCCCCUGAGUGGCUCCAGCAAGGCCUCCGCGCCGUCCCCGACGCGCUUGCCGCGCUCAGCUACCAGCGCGGCCGAGCCGGGCAAGGGCGAGCCGGCCACGCCGCCCGGGCCGCCCGCGCGGGGGGAGUCGGAGCAGGGCACCGUGAGCGAGGGGGGGGGGUCUCGGUGGAUGCAGGUGUAUUCGAAGAUCUUCGAGGCCAGCCGGGAGCACCGCGACAACGACAAGGCCGCGAGGCACACGCUCGAGUCGGGGGCCUCGCGCCCGACCCUCCUCGAGCGCAUCAAGCAGCUGGCGGCCCGCGACGCCGACGCCGAGGCCAGCGACGGGUCGGCGACGGCGGCGUCGCGGUGGCAGACGGCCAGGGCGGCGCUGGUGAAGAAGACCGCGAGCAACCGCGCGAAGGCGCUCCUCGAGAAGCUCGCGGGGCCGCGGAUCAACGCGUUCGACCGCGAGGAAGUGGCGUCGCAGUCGCCGCAGGGCGGCGCGCAGCGGCCGCGGCACGAGAUCACGGGCGCGAGCGAGCGGCUCCUGCGCGUGCUGACCGGGACGGUGGUCGGCGGGGAGGAGGGGUCGGCGCGCUCGAGCUUCGUGGAGAGCGACGGGGGCAGCCCCGACAGGCUGCCAAGGCUCUCCUCGCUCCCAGGGAUCAUCGAGCACGAGCAGGAGGGGCUCUCGCGGCACGUCACGCCCGCGCAGAUCUUCUGCGACAGCAGCGAGGACGACGGCUCGCAGCGCGGCGUCCCGGCGCUCCCGCCGACGCCGCCGCCCCUCCCCGGCGACGAGGAGCGGGCUCCCGCGGCCGCCGCCGCGAUGCACCUCGCGGAGAUCGACCCGGGGCACGUGCACGCGGUGCCCGUGCCUGUGGCGACGCCCGUGGCGCCCCCCGCGGCCUCGCCCGUGCAGGCGACGAUCGACCGCUUCGAGCGCACUCGCAGCAACGGACCGUCCCGCGCGGGGGAGGCGCCCGGCGGGGACGCGGCGCCGUCGCAGCACAGCACGAGCUCGGGGGACCGUUGGUCGCCGAUGCGGGCCUCGCGCAGCCGCGCCCGCGGCACCCCGAGCCGGCGCACGGGGUCGGGCAAGGCUCUGCUGCGAGAAAAGUCUGGGUCGCCCCGGAGCGGCGUGAUGCCCGCGUGGGCGCCGGACCAGGCGCGCGCGUACUACGGCAUGGCGCCGAUGGAGCGGCUGGCCUCGCUGCAGCCGCAGCCGAGCGACGCGGCGGUGCAGUUGCUGAAGCAGGACGGCGGGGGGUCGGAGCUGCAGCCGGCGACGGCGCUGCUGGCCGCGAAGCCGUCGAUGCCGGAGGACGCGAUCAUCCACGAGUUCUUCAAGCAGUUCGGGGCGCCGUCGCGCGGGGACUCGCGCGAGGACAUUCUGGCGGCGCUGCGGGCGACGAGCGGGGACGACGGGUCGCAGGACGACGGCGCGAGCCAGUCGCUGCGCGGGCGGAGCGACGCGGACGACGUCGCGACGGUGCCCGCGCGGCAGGGCUCGCGGUCGGACGCCGACGGCGCCGGCGCGGCGGAGAAGGCCAGCGAGGGCGGGGUGCCUCCGGUGCCCGACUUCCGGAACCUGGUGGAGCACGUGAUGGAGGUGAAGUUCGGCGUGCGGAACGUGGAGGAGUCGACGGUGACGCAGCUUCUGAAGCGGACGCGCGAGCGGAUGCGCGCGGUCGAGGACGAGGUCGCCCACAAGGCGCAGGAGCAGGGGCGUGACAGCACGGGCGCGGAGUCGGUGGGGGAGGGUGGCGCGCCGCGGGGCGGGCGCGGGUGGCGGAAGGUGCGGAGGGCGGUGGACGAGGGCGUGGACAAGAUGCAGGAGCUGCAGGAGCGCGCGGAGAAGCUGAACAACUCGCUGCGGAAGAUGAACCUGCGGUCAACGAUCCAGCCGAUGGAGUCGACCGUGGACUCGCUGUUCCGGCAGACGCUCGACGAGGACGCGCUCGUGGAGCCGGACUCCGCGCCGCCGAUGCUCCCGCCGGCGCCGUCCCUGGGGGGCGUCACGAUCGCCUCGGCGCUGUCGAACGCGUCGAAGACGCUCGAGGCGUGGUCGCCGCCGGCGCGCGGCGUGUCCGGGACGUACCGCAUGCGCGCGCUGGACAAGUCCAUCGCGGAGGGCUCGUCGCCGGCGUCGCAAAGCAAGGGCGUGGCGGCGCAGGAGGGCAAGGGCGCGGGCGCGGCGGGGGGCGGGCUGGGGAAGACGGUAGGGUUCGCCGACAUGCUGGUCGCGAGCGACUCGGCGCGCAUGCGGGGCCGCGGGGCCAGCGCAGUCGGUCUCGGCUCGGCCUCGGAGCGCCCCGAGAGGACGCCGCCGUCAGCGAGCGCGCGGCCCAUCGCGGAGCUCACGCGGGCGUACGAGGAGUCGAGCCACCACAGCUCGCGGAAGAAGGCGGGGGAUUCCCUGCGCAAGGACAGCGCGAAGGGCACGCCGUCGCCCGGUAGAAUCCAGUGGGAGAAGCCGAAGAAGGGGGGGAGUCCGUUCGGGGCGCUGGGGGGGUCGUCGGUCACCGCGGGGGACUCGGGGCGGAAGGCGUCGAGCAGGUUCAAGGACUGA